AUGGAAUUAUUUGUUGAAAGUUCCUGGCUAUUUUACGGAUUACUGUCAUCUAUACCCUUAUUAUAUUGGUAUUUUACCCGAAACUUUAAUUAUUGGAAAUCGUUAGGCAUUAAUGGUCCGAAACCGAUCGUAGGCUUCGGUACAUUACUUUAUCAAUUUUUGACACCUAAGCCAUAUCUUGAGUUGGAAUGGUAUAAAAAAUAUGGCAAACUCUAUGGUAUACUAAAUGGCUCAAACCCUGCCCUAACCAUUGCCGAACCGGAACUCAUCAAACACGUGUUGGUCAAAGAUUUCAACUCGUUUGCCGAUCGGACGCGCAAACGGCGCAUACAUCCCAUACUAAAGCAUCAUCUGAUUGAGUCUAGCGGUGAUGAUUGGAAACGAUUGCGAUCUAUCAUAACGCCUACCUUUACGUCGGGAAAGAUGAAGAAAAUGUAUCCAAUGAUCGCCGACUGUCUCAACGAUUUUGUUAACGCACUGGACGUUUAUGCGCGGGACAAACAAGAGGUCAACAUUAAGGACAUGUACGGUAACUUUACAAUGGAUGUAAUAGCUACCUGUGCGUUUGCAACCAAAACCAAUACACAUAAGGACCCGAACAAUCCGUUUAUGGUCAACACGUUGAAGAUAUUUAAUCCAAAACUGUACCGCAUUUUGCCGGCUAUUGUUUUGCCAAACUUUGUCCAGAAAGCGUUAGGCUUUUUCGGUUUCGACGAAUCGGCCAAUGAUUUCUUUUUUAAUAUCACUCGACAUAUCAUUAAACAGAGACAACAGUCGGGCACCGGUAGUAAACACAACGAUUUCAUACAACUGUUGCUUAAUAUUCAAAAUAAUAACAACAAUAGUCAUAAUAAUCAUAAUAAGCUCAAAGAAGAUAACGACAACAACGAAGCUCAUUAUGUCAAUGAAGGAGAGGAAGAGUUGGCUGUCGAGAAGCGAUUGUUGACCGAAACAGAUAAAUACAUUACCGAAGAGGAAAUAUUGGCCAACGCGUGGAUCUUCUUUCAGGCCGGAUAUGAAACGACGGCAUCGACACUGACAUUCUGUACAUACGAAUUGGCACUGAAUCCGGACAUUCAGGAGAGACUAUACGAUGAAGUGAUGACAUCUGUCAACAACAGUUCCGGUAAUAUUGACUACGAUUUGUUGGCCAAACUGCCAUUUUUGGAUGCCGUCAUCUCUGAGACAUUGCGUAUACACUCACCGGUACUACGACUCGGCAGAGCCUGUUUGAAGGACUACAAGUUGGCCGACACUGGAAUUACUAUCAAGAAAGGACAGGCCGUCGAGAUUCCUGUCUAUGCUAUUCAUCAUUCAGAAGAAUAUUACGAAAGACCUUCGGAGUUCAUACCGGACCGCUUUCUGCCGGAAAAUAGACACAAAAUUAUUCCCUACACAUAUCUACCCUUUGGUGUCGGUCCUCGCAAUUGUAUUGGUAUGAGGUUUGCACUAAUGGAGGCUAAACUUGGUUUGGCUCAGAUAGUUAAACGCUUUCGGUUUACCCGAAACCGACAAACGGACGUCCCGUUUAAUCUGAAAAAGAGUCCGAUUCUGUUGUCACCUAAACGAGUGGUCGUUACUAUUGAGAGACGGAAUUAA